ACUAACACAGUAAGGAAGUGAUACUGAUACAAAUCUUUUUCGAGUCAGGAGAGGCUGAGUGCUCGUUGGCUUGUUGACUUUCUGUGUCCGGUUAGUUGUAUGGUUUGCUCCAGCAGGGUAAACCGAUAACCUAGCAGGUCGCUGCUUUAAAAAAAUGAAGUCUCUUAAACCACACUGUAUAUUUUUGUUGAGUUUAACUAUAGUCAACUCGAGCUUUGCAUUCUACCUUCCGGGUUUGGCACCAGUCAAUUUUUGCAAGAAGAGCUCGACUGGAGAUGCAGAGGAAUGUCAGCAUGAGAUACAGCUCUUUGUGAAUAGACUGGACUCUGUGGAAUCAGUCCUGCCUUAUGAAUAUGAUGCGUUUGAUUUCUGUAAAGACACAAAUGAAAGAAGGCCCACAGAAAAUCUUGGGCAGGUGUUAUUUGGAGAAAGAAUCGAGACAUCCCCCUACAAGUUUUUGUUUAUGAAUGACUUGACAUGCCAAAAGGUUUGCACGAAAUCAUAUAACACAACUUCAGCAGUGGAAAGGUUAAAGUUGGACUUUCUAAAGAGAGGGAUGGACCUGAACUACCAGCACCACUGGAUUGUUGACAACAUGCCCGUAACGUGGUGUUAUAUUGUGGAGGGUGAUCAGAAAAUCUGCAACCCAGGAUUUCCUAUUGGAUGUCUAGUAAACCAGGAAGGAACGCCAAAGGAUGCAUGUGUUAUCAAUGCUGAUUUCAACAAGAAGAACACGUUUUAUGUUUUCAACCACGUGGACAUCAAUAUAGUUUACCACAGUGGAGAUGAAACGACUGGGAUGGCUGCUCGACUUGUGGGAGCUACACUGGAACCCAGGAGCAUCAUGCAUAGUGAUCAUGAAAAACCAUCAUGUGAAGGCCCUCCCAUGGAAAUACCAUACGAAUUCAACAGUAAUUUCAAAAUGACUUACACUUACUCUGUUACAUUUACACAAAAUAAUGCCAUUAGAUGGGCAUCUCGAUGGGAUUACAUUUUGGUUUCCAUGCCUCACACCAAUAUCCAAUGGUUCAGCAUCUCAAAUUCUUUGGUUAUUGUACUAUUCCUGUCUGGCAUGGUGGCCAUGAUCAUGCUCAGGACAUUGCACAAGGAUAUUGCCCGGUACAACCAGCUUGAUCAGGCAGACUGGGUUAAGAUCCCUCCAGGUGCAAACAUUACCUAUGAGGAAGCCCAAGAGGAGUCAGGCUGGAAACAGGUUCAUGGUGACGUGUUUAGGGCACCUAGGAUGGGUAUGCUGCUGUCUGUCUUUCUCGGACAGGGCACUCAGAUCUUCACUAUGACCUUCAUCACCCUUUUUUUGGCCUGUCUGGGCUUCCUGUCUCCAGCCAACAGAGGGGCUCUCAUGACCUGUGCAGUGGUACUAUGGGUUCUUCUUGGCACACCUGCUGGAUAUGUUUCUUCCAGACUCUAUAAGACUUUUGGUGGUGAAAAAUGGAAAACCAAUGUACUUCUCACCGCAUUUUUGUGUCCGGGGAUUGUGUUUGUGGAUUUCUUUUUGAUGAAUCUCAUCCUGUGGACUGAGGGCUCCUCUGCUGCUGUUCCUUUUGGUACACUUGUGGCUAUUCUGGCGCUGUGGUUUGGCAUCUCAGUUCCUCUCACUUUUGUGGGCGCAUACUUUGGCUUCAAAAAACCAGGCAUCGAGCCACCAGUGCGAACAAACCAGAUCCCACGCCAAAUUCCUCAGCAGUCCUUCUUCACCAAGCCUGUGCCGGGCAUCAUCAUGGGUGGCAUCCUGCCCUUCGGCUGCAUCUUCAUCCAGCUCUUCUUCAUCCUCAACAGCAUUUGGUCUCAUCAGAUGUAUUACAUGUUUGGCUUUCUAUUCUUGGUCUUCAUCAUCCUUGUCAUUACCUGCUCUGAGGCCACUGUUCUGCUCUGCUACUUUCAUUUAUGUGCAGAGGACUAUAAUUGGUGGUGGCGAUCAUUCCUGACCAGUGGUUUUACAGCGGUGUAUCUGUUUGUCUAUGCGGUGCACUACUUCUUCUCAAAACUACAAAUCAUAGGGGCUGCGAGCACCAUCCUCUACUUUGGGUACACCUUGAUCAUGGUGCUCAUUUUCUUCGUUUUCACAGGUACUAUAGGCUUCUUUGCCUGCUUCUUCUUUGUAAAUAAAAUCUACAGUGUGCUGAAAGUGGACUAAUGGAGGGACGUUUGGAGAACACAACAUCGCCUUGUUACAGAUGGACUUCAUGUGGAAGUCUGAAGAUACAUUUGAAGAAAGGGAGAAGUCGACGGCAGUCUUCUUCCCUCUCCUCUUCUCUGUAUGGAUCAGCUGUAAUUCCCUGCAGUAGGUGUGCGUGUGAACUCCAAAGACCUUUUCAGUGCUUUACUUGCCUCACAUUGGCUUACUUUAUUUCCAGAUAAAACUUGAGCGCAUAUCUUAUGUAUAAAGUGCAUUUAUAUUGACCUAAUUGUAUCUCUUUCUUACUUUGUUUUAGUAAUCGUUUCAAUAUUUAAUUCAACUAUUCCUGUUCAUCUUUUGUUUGUCUCGUUUUCUUUUUAAGCUGGGGUGCAAGUUUUAGGUUGUGUGUGCACUAAAGUGUUUUUAGUGAGCUUAAACACACCCUGGCUAUUCUGAAGGCAAGUGUCUAUAGGCACUUUAGUAGCUUUUUCUUUUAGCAUUAGUUGCUAUGAUAUAAUCUUACAUGGACUUAUUUUAAGACUCAAGGCAAAAAUGUCUGGAGGACUCUUUUUGCAGCUUUCAUUGGCCAAAGACUUGCCGGAGUCCACGUUACUGAUAAAUCAACCAAUUACAAUUUUGUAAUGAGUCAUGAUAGGGUCAUAACAAUGUAGCAAACACAUUCUUUUGAAAACGCAGCUAUUAGAUGAUUAUGAUAAGUACUAAUAAGCAUAGUUGUAAACGCAAAGAUUUUCUUCUUCCAUAUAAAAGGUUUUGCUAUGUGAUGGGUUUGUACCCACACACACACACACGUCUACUGGGAAUUCUACAGAAUUCAUCCACAAAAUGGGUUAUAUGCACAGUUAGGGUUUUUCAGCCAAAGGUAAACUUAUGGUUAAAGGUUUCUGUGACUAAAUUAAAUUUUAUAAGGUUUCUUUUACAGUAUCAACAUCGUAAUGUAAUUAAUACACAGUUAAAUAAACUUAAGCAUUUUAGUUGUUUAAGUGUAAAGCAAGCAGACAGACCAUGUAACCACCAGAACCAGCACGCUAGCACAGAAACUCCAUUCAAAAUACUGAGGUAAAAUAAAUGUUCAUAUUUUAAAGGGAUGGCAGGGAGAAAUGUAAUUGAAUGCAGUGCUUUUUGUCCGGUCUGAGACUCGCUUUAUAUCAAUUAUCUAUUAGGCAGUGAAGAUCACAGAUUUUUAAAGAAAACAGAUCUUAAACGUGGCAAUUUUGAAAUAGAAAGUCAGUUCACCGGAAGCCAGCGGGCUGGCUGGCUAAAAAGUUGAAGUCUGUGUGCAUAUACCCUCAUUGACAACUUUGAAACUCAAAAGUGUUUACCAUUUUGUGUGCCAUAUAUGUCAGUAGUUCAGUCAGUGGUCUAUGAAGGUGAGUGUUUUGAAAUGCUCAUCAGAUUAGAGUUUAUGAAUUUGAUGACCACAAAUGAUGCCCACAAUGGCAGCAUAUUAAUCAUUCGAUUCUCUGUAAAUCUUAUUUGUUGCUUUUAUUUUUCUUUCUAAAAUAUGAUGAUGUGGAAUGGUUAAGCUUUAAAUGUUGUCAAUAUAGAAUGGCCAGGCAAUCUCUUGCUAACCAGGGAACAAAUUAAACAAGUUCAUUAUGUCAUUUGUAAUCAGUAACAGACCAUUAUGAAGGAUAACAAGUCUUUAUUGGCUGUGAAAUUUCACCCAAAAAUGUGUUUAUAUUUAGUGCAGCUUUUUCAAAAUUUGUUUUUGAAAUCCAGAAUUUCACAAAAUCCACACACAGACUUCAUUCAAAAUCACAGCACUGACUUACAAAAGCUGCUUGGUUUGAGUUAUCACUGUGUUAUAAGAUAUAUUUAUUUUUGACAAUGCUUUCAUUGUCUAUCAAUUUCGUUUCAUCUUAAGUUGCUCAUUUGGCCUUUAAAUGAGCUUUUUCCCAGCAAAAUCAGAAAUGCUCUCCACACUUACUGUGUACAUGUUCAUGUAUAAUUGCUGUAUUGAUGACAGAAAACUGCAUGCUUUUUAGCCUGUGAGAUUUGGCUAAUGUGAGCGCACCUUUAGGCAUGUAAAACCACACCAAAGUAUAUUGGUGGAUAUCAAUAAUAAUCGUUACUAUGCCAUUGACAGCAUAUCACUACUUUAUUCCAUGUGUUAAUCAUUUUAUCUCACUGAGGAAUUGUUUUUUAUGGAGUGAAGGAAAUUGGUUUAUGAAGCACAUUUUUACUAUGUUUUUUUUAUACAAUAAUAUCUAAAUAAUGGGGUUGAGAUUUUGUACUUUGUAAGUUAUUUAAAUGUCACAACUUAAAAAACACACACAUGCUUGCACAUUUUUGUUCUCAAUCAUUUUAAUUUAAAACUCACAGAAUGUACUGAGCUUCAUCAGGUCAUAUGAGGUAUACAUAAACAUUCUUCACCAUGUUGUAAUGAAGGAAAAAAAUAAUAAUAAAGCACAAAGUACAUCAUUACAAAAA